GCUGGCGCGCGAGGAGAGAAGGGUGAUCCGGGAGCACCCGGUGAACCUGGCAAGCCGGCCUCCAGCGUGGCUGGUGUCAAAGGAGAGAAGGGUGACAGAGGCUUUGCGGGACCAGAGGGGCCCCCUGGCCCCAAGGGCAACGCAGGAGAUAAAGGUGCCCCCGGCGCCCCUGGCCUGAGCAUCCCUGGUCCAGCCGGCCCCAAAGGGGAGCAAGGCGACCGGGGUAUCGUUGGCCUCACCGGCAGGAGCGGCCCAAAGGGUGAUCCGGGGGAGCCCGGAGAGCGUGGAGAGAAGGGUGAUGAAGGCACCCCGGGUGAAUCGGGCUUGCCUGGCAAACCUGGAGACAGGGGCCCCCGGGGCCUCCCCGGAUACCGUGGCCCUCCUGGGGAGAAGGGUGAUCCAGGGGACCCGGGUCCUGAUGGCAGAAACGGCAGUCCCGGAGCGCAAGGCAGCAAGGGUGACCGUGGGGAGCCGGGGCCUCCCGGACCCCCAGGACGAACCGUCGACGGGGGGCUCGGAGGAGCGGGAGAGAAGGGCGAGAAGCCCACGCCCGUGUCUGCAGGCUUUUGCUGUUAUCCCACGCUUAACCUGUACGCUGUAACAGGAGAGACGCUUGGUGUGCGGCUCGCUUGGUGCGAGGCUUACGGCCAGCUGCUCGCAAGGGCGACCCUGUUUCACCGGCCGCCGGGCAAUACCCUCUAAGUGCGCUGCCCUUCUC